UAUGCCAGAUGGUCUCCCACACCGACUGUAUUAUAAAUACUUGUCUUGACAUUGAAAUAAUAUACAGAAAUAUUGUUCUCUUCCGCUGCUUUUGAUAUCAUGUUACAUGGUAUCAGAGUGGUAAACACUCCUGCCUUUUUCUUGUGAUUGUCGUUUCCUGCUCACUUGCCGGAAAAUCAAGAUUCCAAGACUCUGCAUCUGUUCUUUUUUCGUUUUCUUGUUCCCAUGAUGGCAUCAACAGAGUCCAACAUGGCAGCGUGCCAUGAAGAUUGCAUUACGAGCAAAGAACAAAUAUUCCUUUAUGGAUGGUUCUUUGCCUAAACCAGCAUGAUCUUCACUAGAGGUGGCUACCUGGAUAAAGUGCAAUGCUAUGGUGGUGUCUUGGAUCUUCAAUUCAAUGGCAAGAGAGCUGUAUGACAGUGUUGCCUUCAUUGAUUCUGUUUUUGAGAUUUGGAAAGAGCUCGAAGAACGUUUUUCAUAGGGCAAUGUUCCUCGAGUUCACCAAUUGAAGCGUGACUUGGCUCCGUUACAACAAAACGACCUCUCUGUCACUGCUUUUCUUCACAAAGCUGAAAGCCCUUUGGGAUGAACUUGCUUCUCUCUCCUCUUAUCCUGAGUGCACCUGUGGAGCUGCUAAAGCUUUCAUGGCCGACCGUGAGAAAGAGAAACUCCACCAAUUUCUCAUGGGACUAAAUGACAAUUACAAUACUCUUCGUACCAAUUUUCUUGGCUUUGAACCACUGCCAUCUUUGAACAAGACAUAUUCCCUUAUACUACAGGAAGAGCGACAUCAGACUUUGAUGUCUCUAAGAGGACCGGUCAACCCAGAGGCUGUAGCUCUGAAUGCCUCUUCCCAAACCAACAACCGUGGCAAUAGUGGAGCUAGUUCAAAUACUACCCUAGGUCGAUCAAAAUAUCGGUGUGACUACUACAAACGCCAAGGCCACACUAAGGACAGAUGCUAUGAAUUGAAUGGAUACCCUGCAGGAUGGGAGAAAGGUCAUUCAAACCGACGAUCUGAAAAGAAAACUUCCCAACCUGCCAAGCAAGAUUCUGAUCAUCGCACCAAUGCCCCUGUCACAUGUGCUGCUGCAUCAGAAAGUUCUUCUACCGUCACUGGAUCUCCACUCGUGGGACUGUCCAUGCAGCAAUAUCAACAACUUUUAUCUUUGCUCAACCAAGAUUCAUCAGAAGCAGUCGCAGCUCCAACAUCUGUUUCAAUAACUGGUGAUAGUUAUGACCUCUGGCAUAGACGACUUGGCCACACCCCUGGUCAACGUCUUUCUCUUAUCACGGGACUUCCUUCUGCUAAGCGGGAUCAUUGUUGUGAUGCUUGUCACAGAGCAAAACAAGUCAGGUUGCCGUUUCCCAUCAGCACUAGUUGCUCUUCAACACCGUUUGAGUUACUCCACUGUGAUAUAUGGGGAGGUUACAAGACCCCCCUCUCAUUCUGGAGCACAUUUCUUUCUUACCAUUGUAGAUGAUUGCUAUAGUUGCAUUUGGAUUUUUCUAUGAAAAAAUAAA